AUGGUAGACAUCGAAUUGCCCAAGCAUGACCAGGACAUGCGCAUCGAGUUCGUUGAAGAUGCCGUAUGCGGAACGGUUGACGAGUCUAUUGAGAAGCCGUUCGAAGGGCUUGUUUUGGUACCUCAACCAACCCAAGACCCGAACGACCCCUUGGCAAGUUGCUCUCCAAACUCAUCAUCCUCAUCCUCGUCAUCAUCAUUCCAGCGUGUCUCCGUUACACUUCAUGCCAGGAGUAAAGUGGACGGGGCGCGCAAGUCCAGCAAUAAUAACUCUUUCUCCGCUGCAGAAUUGGACAACUUGCGAAAAGUACUUGACGUCCUCGUCGUCGCCCUCGUUCCCCUGAGUGUCGAGUUUCACCAGUCACAGACACGAACAGGCUACAUCGUUUGUUUCAAUCUGCUCUUCAUGGGAGUCGGCAAUUUGUUAUGGGUCCCCAUGUCGAGAGUCAUAGGCAAACGGCCUGUCUACUUGUUUGCCCUUCUCCUUUUAACGGCGACUAAUGUUUGGACAUAUUAUGCAUCUAGCUACGCAAGUCUCCUAUCUUCUCGUAUCAUCUCUGGUCUUGCUAGCUCUGCAGCCGAUGCGACAGUUCCGUCUUUAAUCGCCGAUCUGUUUUUCGUCCACGAACGAGGUCACUGCAUGAUGUUAUUUCAUUUUGCUCUUAGUACUGGGUUUUUUAUCGGCCCUCUCAUCAGCGCAUACAUUACCCAAGAAGCUGGCUGGCGCUGGACAAGUGGAUUCUUGGCCAUAGCUGGUGGUACGACCUUCCUUGUUGGCGUCUUCACUAUCCGAGAAUCCAAUUACCAGCGGGAAAUUGCUAAUACCGAGCUGCCGGCCUCGGCGUAUCCACCUAAAAGGAAGUUCCUGCCCUGGAUGACCCUUACACACGGUUACAGGCCGGAUGUCUCGUUCUUCAAGGCUGUCCUGAAUACUAUUUGCCUGGUGGUGUAUCCACCCAUUCUCUGGACUGGGCUUCUGGUUGGCACAUUUGUCGGAUGGAACAUUGUAGUACAAAUGACGGCCAGCCGGGUAUUUCUUAAACCGCCAUUUGGAUGGAAGAUUGGUAGUGUUGGCUUGCUCGCUCUGUCUGGUUUCAUUGGUGCUGUCAUAGCAUUUUUCCUCGGCGGCAAGCUCGUCGACCUCACUUCUGCCCGCAUGACAAAGGCAAACCAUGGCGUAAGGGAACCCGAGUUUAGAUUGCCUGCAAUAAUAUUGCCGGCCAUCAUUGGACCAAUGGGCGUUUUGACCUUUGGCAUCUGUACAGCAGAUCGACUCACUUGGGUGGGCGCGGCUUUUGGCUAUGCAAUGCAAGGAUUUGGGGUGACGGCCAUCUCGAACAUUGUGGUUACGUAUGCAGUAGACAGCUAUAAUCAGUUAGCGGGUGAGGCCUUAGUCAUUGUCUUUGUGAUUCGGAAUACCAUCGCAAUGUUGUUAUCAUUAUAUACCGUUAAUUGGCAAGAAUCAACUGGUGUCAAAAACGCAUUUGCGGAAAUGGUUGGAAUUCAGUACUUUAUCCUUCUCUUUACUAUUCCCAUGUUCCUUUUCGGGAAACGCAUCAGAGCUUGGACUACCCACUUUGGCCCCAUAGCAGCUUUACAGGGUCAGGAAUGA